AUGCUGUUCUCAAGCUUUAGCAAGAUUUUGCUUGGUGCCCUUUCCCUCGCGACCGCAGGGUGCUGCACUCUGUUGUCUCCGUCAUCAGACGUAGCAUGCAGAGCCAUCGAUCUUGCUCUCCCUCAUGGGCGCGUUAACUAUCCCGACUCACCCACAUAUGCCCGAGAAAACCACUACUGGUCCAACCGGCAGACCGACAACAUCGCACCCGCCUGCUUCGUGGCGCCUGAGAAUACGCUCGAAGUUGCGGCGACCAUGAAGGUACUUGCCUCACUGAACACUCAGUUCUCCGUCAAGGGUGGCGGCCACACUGCUUUCGCAGGCGGUUCCAACUCUGAUGGCGGCGUCACCGUCGACCUGAUGUAUCUCACCACCCUCAACGUGUCAUCGGAUCGUAAGACGGUAUCGAUUGGCGCUGGAAACAGAUGGAUCAACGUCUCCGAGGCCCUCGAUACACUGGGGCUUGUCGUUGCGGGUGGCCGUGUGGCUGACGUGGGGGUCAGCGGUCUGAUUCUCGGCGGAGGUAUAUCGUUCUUUUCUGGAAUGUACGGUUGGGCAUGCGACAACGUGCGCAAUUACGAGGUCGUUCUCGCGUCCGGACUCAUCGUCAAUGCUUCUCCCACUGAGAAUGAGGAUCUGUUUUGGGCGUUGCGCGGCGGGGGCGGCUCCAGUUUUGGAAUCGUAACCAGAUUCGAUAUGGGAGCGUACGAGCAACCAGGCGGUAACAUAUGGCACAGCAGUCUCAUAAUCCCUGGCGCAGCCAACGCCUCCGCUAUUGCCGCAUAUCAGAAUCUGACAGUCAACGGCAUGCCAAGCGACAACAAGGCCCACAGCUACAUGGUCUUGACGCAUAUGGAUAUGCUGGGUGGUUACGCUGUAAUUAGCGACCUGUUCCACGCAGACUUGCCGAACACAGCGGACAGUGCCCAUGAGACCGUCCCCGAAGUAUUCGUGCCUUUCGAGUCCCUGCCAACCAUCACGAAGUCAAAAUCCAUCGACAACGUGUCGACCAUAUCUCGUGAAAUUGACGUUCCGUACGGUUCCCGCCAGACAUGGUGGGAUACGACAGUCAAAGCUACUGAUCCUGCCCUUCUCAUCGACAUCGUGCCUCUCUGGCAGGACCAUGUCGAGAAGCUUGUAGAGGCCGCAAAUGGCACUGCGGUGACUCCCUUCUUGGCGUACCAAGCUAUCCCACUCAACGUGUUGAAGGCCAUGGAGGCAAACGGCGGGAACGCGCUGGGUCUGAAGCAGAGCGAUGGCCCCCUGAUGCUGAUCCAGGUGGCGGCACAGUGGGCGGAUAGUGCGCUUGACGACUUGAUGGAGAGGAGCUCCGAGGAAGUGAUUGGUAAAAUCAACGACCUUGCUAAGAGCAGGGGCUUGAGUCAUGGCUUUGUCUACGCCAACUACGCCGGUAACAGACAAAACGUGUUCGAGAGUUAUGGAGCGGACAAUCACGCCAAACUCAAGCAAGUCGCAAUGAAGUGGGAUCCUGAGGGCAUUUUGCGGAAGCUGUGGAGGGGAUACUUCGAGCUGUGA